AUGACCACCAUGGCCAAAUAUUAUUAUUCAUGUGUGACUACAGACAUGGAUGGUCGUGCACCUGGAUUGAAAUGCAUUUCAUCAUUGUCCAUUUUGAAUGGUCAAUUUGAGAAAUGGGAUGCUCUUCCAUAUGAUCGAGCUGGAGGUGGUUGUGGAGGAUCCAUGCGUUCACAACCUUGUGGACUUGUUUAUUCGAGUGAAAAGAAUCGUGAAGAAUUAGUUCGAACUUCUAUUGAAUCAGGUCGAAUCACUCACAAUCAUGCCACAGGUUACAUGGGUGCCUUUUGGAGUUUUGAUGGUUGGGCUGGAGCGAGUGGUGAUGAUUCAGUGAUUAUUGGCUAUGAUGCAUUGUUGGGAAGUAAUGGCGAUUGGGAACAACUUGUUCAUCGUGGAGUGUUGCAUGGUGGAGAUAAUGAUAGCACUGGAUGUAUUGCAGCCACUUGGUUUGGAGCUUUUUAUGGUUUUCCUGAUAAGAAAUAUGAGAAAAAUUGGAAAAAUAUUGAAUACUAUGAUCGCAUUGCCAAAGUUGCCAAUGAGUUGUACAACCUAAAUCAAAAGCUAUAA